AUGACUGUCGGCCUUAUACCGCUACACAUUCACAAUCGCCAUCGCAUCAGUGUCUUGGCCAUUUUACACAGUCACAGCUACAGUGACCAGCCUGAUUAUGGUUACGAACCUCUGAUGAAUGAAAAUAAUGAAUGGAACCAAGCCAUAAAUGAAGGAAAGCGAGUUGUGGGUUAUUCAACAACCGACUUGAGUUUGAAAUGGAUUCGUGACGAUGACGCCGUAACGCUGAUGAAUAAAAUCCCGAAAAGUCAGCACCCUAUGUUAAAAAAUAUGAAAUAUUUAUUGAAAAAUGACGAAAGCGCUGUUCAUAUCUGGGGUUUGAUCAUACUGUUAUUAUCAAAAGCAGCUGCAGCUGGUCAAAGAUGUAUCUUCACAAAAUGCAGUGGUGACAUCUUGCCCACCCAAAGGGAUUUGGCCGAAAUCACACAACUUAUUCAUAAAUCACAAAUAAUACACUGCAAAACGACAAGGGCAGGCCAAGAUGUGGAAAAUUUUAAGGAUAUGCUAGUAGGCAAUAAAAUAGCCUUAUUGUUUGGAGAUUUGUUAUUGGGUGGAUCUAUACUUGAAAUUUCCAAAUUAAGAAAUCAGGAAAUUCUGAGUUUAAUUAUGGCCGGCAUUAGAAAUAUGGCGGAUGGUGAAUUUUUUGGAAUCAGAGAUGAACAAAAUUGUCCUUUGCCAUGGAAGAAGCAAUCGCCGGAAAUAUUGAAAAGUAAUUCAAGCGCCAUCAAAACCUUUGUUGAUAACGGAGACACUGUUGCUCCGCAUAAUAUCGCUGAAGUCAAAGGUAACACAGAGAUGGAAUGGGAACUUCGAAAUAUUUUUAAUGGCGGUAGUUUAUUGGGAAAUGCCUGUAAAUCGGCUAUGAUAUUGGCUAAGCACUCUGGCGAGAUUCAAAAAUAUGCCUAUUUAUUUGGCAAACACUUUCAUCUGGCUUGGCAAUCAUCGCGGGAGCUCAAGGCGUUUCUACUACCCAUAAACGAAAAAGCUUAG